UCCGCGCAGAAUGGCGGCUCUUUUGGAAUCUGUCCUGUGGAAGAAAGUGGACAUUAAAACGGUCUUGGACUGGCUGAAGAAUGAAAAGGAAAGUGAGAAGCUGGCAUUCAGAGAACCUGAGGUGACAGUUCACAAACAAGAAUUUGUCCCUUUUCUUCUGAACUUCCUGAGAGAGCAGAGCAGUCAAGCACUAACUCAUGGCCCUGCCACGCCGGCCAAGACCCCCAGACCUGCUGCACAGACUCAGGGCGUGACUGACAGGAGGACUGGCAGGUCCGCUGGUGUUGGAGCUGGUUCUCGGAGUGCCAGCCGGGUCCAGCUGUUUUCUCCUUCGUCCUCAGUGUCACCUGGGUCUGAAUGGGAUGCUUCUGGUCAGUCAGAGGUCAACGCCUUCAGCAGCCCCUCCUUUGCUACAGGAUGGAGCCCCGCCUCCAGGCCUUCAGGCCCAGAACGCCGGUCUAGCCAGAGGAUCAGUCUGGGGGACUACAUGGUUUCUCCUCCUGACCUCCAGAAAAGCCCUGGCUCCCAGUCACAGAAGGGUCGCAGGAGAAGUGGUGGCAACGUGACAGUGGGGGGACAAGGGAAACAUGGAGGAUGGCGUGGUGGGCAUCACAGUGAUGAGAUUGGACGAUGGGAAAGUGGGGGAAGAAGGUCAGGUAGAGGAGGAGGAGGAGGAGGAGGGAACAGUAAGACAAGCGAGCAGGUUUCACCUCCAUCUGUGGGGCAGCUCAACUUCAACAACUUGGAGGACUUCCCUCCUGUUGGGUCAUCACCCAUUUCACCUGCGGCAUCCAAACCGUCUAGACGAAUAAACCCAACCCCAGUCAGUGCAGAACGGCCUCACUCCAAACCAAAGAUCUGCUUCACCUCCACCCCAUUCAGUGAAGCUUCUAGUCCCUCGUUGGUUGUAGAGACGCUCGAGGGGUCAAUAACAGUGGGCAGUCCUCCGAGCCUGCAGGAAGAGAGGGAGCUACUAAAGAGAGAAAAGACAAGGCGUGCUCAGCAGGUUAGCUCUCCUCUACUGUCCUCUCUGGACCCGUGCACCCCCACUAAGUUAGGGCUUAGGACGAGCUCUAAAGUUACACCAGAUCUGCAGACACCCUGUCCUGAACCAUCCAAAGUCACCUUCUCUUUGGAACUGGAUCUCCUGGCAGAGCUAUACUGUACCUGCAUUUCUGAAAACCUUGUGCCAAACAUUUUUCUGGAGCUUUUCUUCGUGGUGCAGUUGCUAACGUCUCAAUCACCUCACACUCGUGAUGAUGAUGAACAGGAAAGUUUGUGUGCCGUGAAUUCAGAAAUUCUGGAGAGAUGUUACCUGAGACAAAUACACAACUGUGUGUACUUUGCGGUGAAGGUUCUGGAGAAUCAGUUUCAGUUGGUAGCUCAUUUGGACAAGUGUACCUUGCGUCUACUGGCGGAGAACGAACGGGUGGCGCCUUUCUCUCCGGAUCUCAGAGACCGACUGACUCAGGCCCAGGAGGGAAGCACAGCCAAGCUCUCUCCUUCAGUUUCCACUUUCAUCCACUCAGUCUCAUUCCAGCCUGCUACUGACAACCGGUCAAACUUCAGUAGUGACAAGGCCUUCCACACCUUUAAAAAACAUAGAGAUGUUUUUUACGAGGUGUUACGAGAAUGGGAGGACUUUCACAAAGAGCAGGGGUGGAACUUUGAUGCUGCUCUUGGUAGCAGGAUAAGAGGGAUGAUGAGUCAACUGACAACUGUAGGAAACCAUUCACAUUUUGCUCGUCUGUUCCUGAAGCAGCUUGUUCAGAUGUGUAAAGGGCCCCGUGUGAACAGCUCUCCAGGGGAUACCCCUGAUGCGGACUUGCUAGGCAUGCUGGGAGCCGACAGCCUCGGGCGUCUGAAGCGCCUUGAGGAGCGUCUCAUUCAGCCUCAGGGAGUCGUUGGGCCCUGCCCUCCUCCAGCCUUCCCAGGACACCAGGAGUUCUUCAGGGAUUUCCUGCAGGCAGCUAGCUGCUGCCAGCUGAACCAACACUUGCAGGACAGCUUGUGUCAGCAGCUCCUCCAGCUGGACGAGGUCUCCAUCCUGAGUCCUCCUGCUUCCAUGGCGGAGGUAGAGGAGGAGGGAGACGGGGACAUGGAGCAGCAGGAUGAGAAGCAGCGGUUCACCUCAGUGCUGCUCCUCGCUCGUCUUCUGGCUAAGUUUCUAGGAUUCAUUUCCUUUCUUCCUUACCAAACAUCUGACAGACCAUCCAGGGAGAUACAGGAGACUGCUAUAGCCCUGCGCAGCAAGAGUGUUCCAGUGCUGGAUGUGUGUGCUGUGCUGAGCAACAGUAUGAAAAGGAGGCGCACCAUCCUGACUGUGCCCUGGCUGGUGGAGUUCCUCUCCAUGAUGGACAUUAUUGGUCCCCUCCUGCUCUGCUAUAGAACGGCACUGGGCAAACUGCUUCUCCUGUACAGGAGAAUGCUGCUGGGCAGAUGUGGAGAAAUUUGUUACCUAAACAAGCUACUAAUGGUGUCGGUGUUGGGUUGGCUUUUCCAGAUCCCAGUGAUUCCUGAGGACAUUUUCUUCACCAAUGAGUUCACUGAGGUGGCCAAGCUGGAGGACGGCACCACGAGUGCUGCGGGGCUCGACUGCAUUCCCCUGGUGGAUCAGCAGCUUCUCUACACCUGUUGUCCAUUUCUUGGUGAGUUCCGUAAGCUCCUCGCCGCCUUUGUGUCUGGAAGCACCGCCAAAAGUGGAGGAAUUAUCCGCAAGAUCACUCCCACUUCUGCCGAGCUUAAGGACACACCAACUGCCAACAGGUCGCAGCAGAAACUACAGGUGGACCUCGAGCAAGCCUUCUUUCACAACCAGCCUCCGUCGUUGCGUCGCACCGUGGAGUUUGUGGCUGAGAGAGUCGGAUCCAACGCCGUCAAGCACAUGAAAGCCACAUUAGUGAGUGAGUUGGUGGAGCGAGGUGAGAAGAUGCUCAGAGACGGUCUGAAGUCGCCAAACUCAAAUCCGUCAAAGCUGAAUGAUUCCAUCUGUGCUCAGCUGUGUGUCGCAGGAUUGGAGGCCAUGGCAAAAUCCACCAGAUUUUGCUCUGAGAAGAGUCCAGAGGCCAUACGAAUUCUGCUCUCCGAUCAGACGUCCCCUGCUAUCCUGACCACAUCUGAAAACAUCACCAAACGUCUUGCAACAGAAAAAGCCUGCAGCUGGCUCUCCGCCAACAUCACAGCCCUGAUAAGACGAGAGUGGAAGAGCAGGUAUGACCGUGUGAUGAAGGCUGUCGGUAGCCCCGUGGCUCCAGACUCCAGGGGUGUGGAGGGGGCUGGGCUUGAGCUGGUCACCAAGGAUGAGCAGUCGACUACUCCCAAGAGGAAACAAGGAAGUGAGAGAGUGACAUCCUGCCCUCUGCACUGCAACCACAGUGCUUCACUGCCCUCUGACAUCAUCAUUGAGAUGAAGGAGUUGCUGAGCAUUGCAGUCGGCCCCCGGACUAAUGAUGAGCUGCUCACCGGCUCUCAGGUGAAAACGCUGUUACAGAGAGUGGGAGAUACGCUGGCCUGCAGAAAGUUUUCCACUGUGGUGUCAGAGCAGAUGCUACUAAACACUACUGUCCUACUGGCCUGCAAACUGGUGUCUGCAGAGCUGCCUGUACUGUCUGCGUCAGGGGGCAGCGGAGGUGAUGGGGUUGUUGUGGGUCUUGGUUCAGGAUCAGAGCCUCCUGUCAGAGCGCUGCUGGAGCAGCUCGCCGAGCUGUGGCGAGCAGACCGGUGUUCCUCCGCCCCCCUCCACCUGCUCUUCACCCCACUCACUGUCACUGCUGUGCUGAAGGCCAGCGACACGGAGUGGAAGAACUACCUGUUUCUGGUUAGAAAGCUGGUUGACGGACAAGUCUUGAGCGAGGAAGAGGUCAUAUCUCACUGGAAGAAGCUAACAAACUUGGCCUUGCCCGCGUUGACGGAGCUGAUAGAGAAUUUCCAAUUGCAGUCGCGGAGUAUUAAACCCCCCUUUCCUCUGGCUGAUUUGCAGAGCUACUUGGAUAGGCUGCAGGUCUCACUACAGACAGUAGAGGGCGCUACAUGACAACAACAAUAAUACUACCCAGCAUCCCUCAGCAUCUCCUCUGUUAUCCACUCUGUGUUUUAUGUCACAUCUUACAGUGUGUUAUUCAGGAGAGAGACAGAUAUUGGGGACUUCUUGUUGUUGACCAAUAUAUCGAAUUGCCACUGCACAGCCCAUCAAAGCCGUACCACAGUCAGCUUCUGCACCGACUUUGCAGGCUUCAGACCUUUGUUCUCCACUUGUGAAGUGACAGCAGCCUUUCAUGAAUCCCUCUGCUCUCUUGCUAAGGUGCCGGUGAGAACCAGAGAGCCCUGCCAGUCAGAAGUAGCUAGGGGACCACACCGUUUCACACCUUUUUUUAGAUCUGUUAAACUUUCAUGCAAGCAAACCUGGUAUAUGAUUGUGUCCGAAGGGAAAGACUAGUACAGUAGAUGAAACGUUUCAAACAGUGAAGACGGUUGCAGAGAAUUGGCUAAGAAAGAAGAAAGGUCGGCGUCAAACUGCCGAGGACUCAAACUGAGUAACUUCAGUGUCACCUUUAAAGACCACGACUCAUUAAAACAUGCAAUUAUGUUCCCAAAUUCUACAUGAAUUAUUCUACCAGACAAGCCAUAGUUUUUAGAGAAACUCUCAGUAAUAAAUAGACUAAAAAACUAUUAUUGUUGUUUUUUAGACUUAUCAGACAAAAAUUAAAUGUCUUUAUUUUAGUAUAGCACUUUCACAGACUGCCUUUGACCGCCACUACUAGUGACUGCAUGUUUGUUCUAUGAAUGCAAGACUGCGUUUGUGAUUGUUUUUUUAGUUCAUGUUGAACGAGCGCCGUAUUCCCUGCUGCUUUUUAAAAUUGAAAUAUUUUUACGUUGCCACAAAAAUAAUAAUAAAGAUGUGCUUUA